CCAAGUUAGGAGCUUUCAGCUGCCAGCCUUGGCCCAUCAUGUAAGUGCUGCGGAGAAUUCUUUGCAGUGCAAUUGCAAAAUUACCUGUUUUGCCGACGCCUGCGGGGGCUGUGCAUUCCUACCAACGCCCUGUACACGGACACGCACUCUUCGGACGCAAAAAGGCUCCAAGUGCAUGAAGAUCGAGGCUUGUAUUUUGCAUCUUUGUUGCAAAGCAAGCCGCUGAAGCUCCAGUACGAGGGCGAUGGAGGGAGGGAGUGAGAAAGAAGGCAAAGUCUUUUGUGCUUCCCCUCCCCCUCAUCAAAGCAAAGGGGAAAUGUCUCAGCCAAAGGGAGGUAAGAACAUGAAGCCGAUCUCUCCGGUGCUCAAGCUCUCCAAGGAGGUGUUUGAGCAGCCAACACCCGCCGCCGUACCUCCCAGAGAUUUGGAUUCAAAGGCUUGUGUAACGAUUGGAGAAAAGAAAUGUGAGGUGAAGGCGGACGACCUGGAGCAGAUCUGUGAGCUCGGCCGUGGAGCGUACGGCGUGGUGGACAAGAUGAGGCACGUGCCCAGCGGCCUGAUCAUGGCUGUUAAGAGGAUUCGGGCAACAGUGAACACUCAGGAGCAGAAGAGGCUGCUGAUGGACCUGGACAUCUCCAUGAGGACGGUGGACUGCUUUUACACAGUCACCUUCUACGGGGCGCUAUUCAGAGAGGGCGACGUCUGGAUCUGCAUGGAGUUGAUGGACACGUCCCUCGACAAGUUCUACAAGCAGGUGAUUGAGAAGGGCCUAACCAUCCCCGAGGACAUCCUGGGAAAGAUCGCUGUCUCAAUAGUAAAAGCUCUGGAGCAUCUGCACAGCAAUCUGCAAGUCAUACACAGAGAUGUGAAACCCUCCAACGUACUGAUCAACACUCAGGGCCAGGUGAAGAUGUGCGACUUUGGCAUCAGCGGCUACCUGGUCGACUCCGUGGCUAAAACAAUGGAUGCUGGCUGCAAACCCUACAUGGCGCCAGAGAGGAUCAACCCAGAGACGAAUCAGAAAGGCUACAACGUGAAGUCUGACAUCUGGAGUUUAGGAAUCACAAUGAUCGAGCUCGCCAUCCUGCGUUUCCCGUACGACUCAUGGGGGACGCCCUUUCAACAGCUGAAGCAGGUGGUGGAAGAACCUUCGCCCCAGCUUCCUGCCGAAAAGUUCUCCCCAGAUUUUGUGGACUUCACCUCUCAGUGCUUAAAGAAGGUUUCCACAGAGCGGCCGACUUACACAGAACUCAUGCAACAUCCCUUCUUCACCUCCCAUGAGGCCAAAGAAACCGACGUGGCUAGCUUUGUGAAAGUCAUCCUCGGGGACUGAUCUCCACAUUCGCAUGGGGAGGGAGUGACGAUCUGAUGAGAAGAGGGGAAAAAAAGAAAAAAAAGGAGAAGUACCGAUGGCAGCCCCCCUUUACCUGCUGGACUCCCUCUCACCACUCCCUCCGGAGCCCAGAGCACGAAGCGGAGUGAGGAGUUCAUCCCCCUGCCUCCCACCUGGCCUCCAUUGUCCUCUGUGACGUGGCAGGAGGGGUGGGGGAAACGGGUGCCUCUCUCUGGAAUAAUUCAAGGUCUCCGUAUACCAAACCUCCCUCAUCGAUUCGAUUAGCACCUCCACUGUGCACCACCUACUCAAACAUUAUUAGAGUUGACUGCGUGGUCUGCUGUGGGGGUCAAACUCAAGUUUUCUUCUCUUGUUGCUGAAAAAUGAAGGUGGAAGAGGUGCAGAGUAUAUGAAAAGAUGAAUGAUAUAAUGCUAUCCGUGUAUAAUCUACAUGUUUGCCUGCUCAAAGCGAGUGUUGCAUCAGAUUUUUAAUUGACUGCAUGUACAGAAUAUAUCUGUGGCCGGCUCAGACGGCCGGUCAGGAACAGUUGUAGUCAGUUGUUGACUUCAGGGGUCCCCUAGUGGUUCUUAAUAGGUACUGCACUUCAACAGCUUUUUUUUUUUAAUUUUUUUUCCCCUGAUUACAUCAGAAAUCUAACUACAUGUUUUGGGCUCUUGGCUGCCUCUGAGGAGUGUGAAUGUGAGUUGGUUUAUGAUUUAUGUGUGUGUUCGCAGGGCUGCAUGGCUCUGGAUGCAAAUAUAGUUUAAAUUUUCCAUUUGGAGUUGAGAAAAUAGAUUUUCUGAUUACUUUUGUCUCAUUGUGCCUGUGAGAGCUCGUCAGGUGUUCUCAUGCUCUCAUUUAACUUCAGUUCCGUUUUUCAGGCUGUUGUGCUGCAACAAAUUAAACAUGCAUCUGUUUUCUUUGCUCAAUUCUCUAAAACAUAAAAACAAAUACAUUUUAAAAAAUUAUCUUUUUAACUGGGUAUCAUACUUUUUUAUUUCGGGGACCCUGACUCAGUUUUGUUCACAAACCAAAAAUAAAGGUGUGUAAAGCACAAAUUUUAGCCGCCUUGUGACAAUCAGACUAAGAAUUCAUCUAUAUUAGAGAAAAAAAGCCUCUGCACCAUUGAUAUGCAUCAACAUGCAGCUUUAAUGUUUAGAAAAGCUUUGUAUGCAAUGGAAAUAAGCAGUACAGAAAGAAACUGAACAAAACAAGCUAUUCCAUGCCAAAUUAGCUGCUUUUUGCGUGACCAAACCUCUGAAGUCAGGGGGAAAUAUACGACAAUCACUCUUUAGGUUCAGGUUCAGUUUAUUGUCCUUUGCAUGCAUCCAUGAAACAAAAUUUGUACUCAGGACCAGCAGUGUACAGCAUCUUAAAAAUAUUCUAUAGUAAUUUAGAGACAAUAAGUAGCACAGCAGUGCAUUAGUGUGGCAUGGAGUUCUCCUAUCUGACAGCCUCUGGGAAGAAGCUGCAUUUGAGCCUGUAGUUAUGGCCUUUAUGUUCAUGGCCAAGUGGUUGAAUCCUGCUCCUGCAGCUGUUGAUGUAGAUAUCCACAAUGGAAGGAAAACUGCUGCGGGUGAUCUUCUGGGUGGCUUUCACCACCCUAUGCAGCACCUUCCUGUCGAUGGUGGAACAGUUUCCAAACCAAGUGGUGAUAGAGAGGGGGUGCGCUCCACCACGCACCUGUAGAAAGCUGCCAGCAUCGAGGUAUUGAGGCUGGCUUGCUUCAGCUUCCAGAGGAAAUAAAGGCGCUGGUGGGCCUUCUUUAAGAUGUUGGGGGUGUUUAUGGUCCAUUUAAGGUCCCUGGAAAUGUGAACUCCAAGAUAGUUAAAGCUUUGGGUCAUUUCCACGGUUGUUCCAUUAAUGAAGAGGGGGUGUGGCUCCUCCUCCUAAAAUCCAUGACCAGCUCUUUUAUUUUCCCCACAUUUAUGCAAAGAUUAUUUUCCCUGCACCUUCCACCAGAUCCUCCACCUCCUGCCGGUACGAUUCGUACAAAUUAAUUUAGAGCAAGAAAUGCCUUUAAAUUUGUCCAGGUGGAGUGUUUCUCCAAGGAAAAACUACUGUCAUUGAUUGGUUGUUUUUCCAUCCAUAUGUUUGUAUGCAGAUUUUUAAUUAAAAGGUAAUAAAAUCUCUGCAUUGUUUGGUUGAGGUGGAAAAGUUGCCAUGUCGGUGAAAACGGUUAUUUUCAAUUAAAAAAAGAAAAAAAGUAUUUUUAUUCUUAGUCAGAAGCUGCUGAGCGGGAUGUGAUGUUUUACAGCGAAAUCCUCUCAUCAUCGUCAGUCCACAUAAAUUUCUCCUUUUUUACGCCAUUCUUCGCCACCAUCUUCUUUGUAUGCUUGUUAACAUCACACACCUUUAUGUGCAUGCUCCUGUUCGUUCCUGUUUUUGGUUUAUUUUCUGUGGCAGUGUUACAGCGCCACCUACAGGCCUGGUAUAUAUACUACAGUGUUUUUAGUGGUUUUGCGUAGACACGCUAAUUACUUAAAAUGAUUCCAUCUCUGUGGAAAGCUUUUCCUUCUCCGUGUGGACAUAGCCUUAAUGCCAACAAAGCUGAUAUGGAAAUCUGGGCGGAGUCUGAUCAGGCCAGUGAAACUGACCAAUGAGGACAGACUGGGCAUCUCCUGAACACCACAGCAAUCUGUCAGCCAUUUUAUUGACUUGUUUCACUUUAUUCCUCUGGUUUGAUGCUCUCGAUUGAAGAAUACAUCCCACCUGGUGUUGAACAACCUGAAAAACUCCUUUGCCAAUAUUCUCCAAAUGUAUAAAAUUUGUGCUGUCUGGAUGAAAACAAGCUAAUAUGUUUGUUUGGGUCUCUGCAGCUCAGAAUAUUUUUCCCUCACAGUUUCAGCUAAAUGAAACCAAAACAUCAUUUUACUUUUACACAAAUAUGACGUCGUCCCGCGUCUUUUUAAAGGCUUAAGUUUUCGACACCUUCAGUUUCCUUCAAGACAUUGUUAGUGCUGCUGUAUUAAUGAGGAAUGAAAAGGGAACUCUUGAUGAAUACUUUCACCAUCAUGGCAGCUUUCGCCUCCUCGUGCCUUCUUCCGAAUCCCAACCUCGGAUCAUCCGUUACAGAUCCCUAACUAUGAGUGGUGAAUGGUGCGAUUCAGACGCUGCUCAACGAUCUAAAAACUAUUUGAUGGAUGCAGAUGAUUCUAAUUUUUCUGGAAAUUUGUUGCAGCUCAUCGUCUUGAUGAUGCAAAUGUUGCAGCAGAAGCUGGAUGCAGCCUUGCAGCCCUGCAAAGCACCACAGGGGUUUUUUUUAGGCAGUGUGUGUGUGUUGUGGGAGAAGAUUGUCCUUUUUGUUGUCUGUACUGAGCCAAUCACAACCCUUUCCACUCCAUGCUCAUCAUGAAAGGAACUGGACAUUAUUGCUAUUAUUGUUAUUAAUAUUAUAUUAAUUAUUGUUAUUUAGGUCCAGUUUUCUUCUCCAGACAUAUUUACUGCAGCUUCUCUUAUUUAUUACAACUGCUGUCUCCCUCUGAAAACUUGACCGAUCCAUUAGAGACUUUUCUUGUGCGUUUGUGUGGGCUGUGUUUGUUUUUGUCAUGUUUUUGGCUCAAACCUGUAAAUGCUUUUAAACUGUAACUUGCAAGCCUUCUAUGUGCCUCUAAAUACACAAAAAAGACUAAGAAAUGAAUAUGUUGUGUUAAAGAUGAUGCAGGUAUGAGGUCCCUCCCUCUUCACACGCUGCAUGGCAUCAUAAUUCCACUUCCUGUUUGCUUUGAUUAUUUUGUGUUGUACUGUUGCUGGAGCUCGAGGCUGUCUCGUCUGCGCUCGUCUGUCGUUGCCUUGGUUUUUAGCUUUUUCUCACAGUGGUUUCUGAGGGUGGAAACUGGCGAGGCCCAGCUGAUGCUCCAGUUGUUGAUACAAUUACUACUUUAAUAUCAAAACUGGAAACACGGAAUGCUGCAUGCGGCUGGGUGUCGUCGCAGUUGGACAAUUUCAGGUGUCCUCCUGCCUUUUUGAUAUUUACUUGCUCAAUUAUAACUUGAUAUUUGUCAUUAUUUAAUUCUGUCUUCAAUCAUGUUUUGAGUUGAAUUUGCUUAAAGACUCAGCCUGUGAUCUAAACAUGGGUCAGAUCAUUUUAAAAUUAACAGGAUUUUUACCAUUUCUUCCUUCCGGUAACAGCAAAUUAUAGUCCGCAGCUGUGCAGCAGCUUUAGAAAUCCUUUAAAACUGCUAAUUUAAAUCCAUCAUAAAGGUAAAUGUUUCAAAACCUUUGGGAGCCAAAACACUUGGCAUCAGCGAUGUGCGAAGCUGUAUUUAAUGAUUUUUACUUUUGGCCAUUAGGGGGCAACAGAGCAAGCUUCAAAGUCAGUUUGUGACUUCCUAUUAAAACACUUUUCUUAUUUUAUCAACAAGCAGGAAGGGAGACUAGCUCGCUCAAUUUUUUAUUCAUUUUAGUCUCCGUUUCAUUCUCAGCCAACUCCUGAAGGAAACGCACGUGGCCAGUUGUACAAAGCACCCGGAACUAUUCCUGAUAGAACAAGUUAAGAAGUGGUUUCCUUAAGAUCCCAGUUUUUACUUCUUAUAGUGACAAAGUUAUAUUAUACUUAAGGAAUCCCAUAAGUAACCACGUUGAGGAAAGAUCCACAAGGUACCUCUAACUCUAUCACAUUAGCGUGUUCUGCAGGAAAUAAAGAAAAUCAAUAUAUUCAGAAUAGAUUCUGAAUUGGAUUCCUAUUGGAUAUAUUUAAUACAGGGUAUUAAAGGUAUCGCCCAACCACAACUGAGGAGUCAGAUCACUCCUCAGUUGUGCUCUUUUUCAGCCUGUUCACUGUUGAUGACCGCGUACCACGUCAUGCAAUGAGUUUCAGUCACAUGAUCUGCUGAACACUGCAGAGAUGUUCAGUCCUAAAUACACGAGGUAGUAAUAAGAGCAAACCUGGCUUAAUAACAGCAUAUAUAAUGGCUGACAGCACACAAAGUUUUCCAGUCAUACAAUAUGAAGAUCAAUUCAUUAACACAAAGUAUGCAGGAUGAAGUCUCCGGUGAAGCUAGAGAUAUUUAUUUCAGUUAAGUGUAUAAAAGUUGUCUUUAACUCAAGACACUUUUAUUCAUUCUGUGCAACAACCAUGAGAAAAACCUUUUAACUAAGGACAGAUGUAAAAACUUUGGGUGUUUUGUGCAACUGGAAUUUCUGGAGGCUUUCUUUGCCAGGUGGUUGAGUAUUUAUUAGGUAUCUUAUUGCCCGUACAUUUCGAUUAAUUUUAACUCUAUCUUUUGCACGUCAAUAAGAGAUUAGACUGCACAUGCUCAUUCUUUCGGUUUAAAACAUGAUUGUUUUAAACUGAGCUUUGACCCAGUCAGGCUCUGAAUUACAACCUGGGCCAUCAGGGUUUAGUUGCUGGGCCUUCAAUAAACUGCUCAGGCUGCAUCUAUCAUCACUUCUCCUUUAUAUUUCUGUAAAGAAAAUUCUGACUUUGCUGUUUCUCCCUUCAGAACAAAGUCUUUUGCCCUCAGUCUGUCAUGUUAUCUGAAGGUUUCCUGUUUUGCUGCUGAUUAACAACCUUCCUCUCACCCUUUUAACCUGCUCCCAGCUAGACUCAGGUCCCACAGCCUUCGCUUAAAUAACUGCUGGAAGUGUUGCUUACAGCUUCCUUCUCCUUGUAUGUUCUGUACCGAACCAUCACCCCUCCUCUGCUACUUCCUGCCGCCAUGGCUGCGCUUCACCAUGGCAGAUUCUUCUGAGGGGCAGAUAAAACAUGGUGGAUCUUAUUGUGUUUUUACUCCUAGAUCUCAUUAGCACCUCUCUUUGCAGAGAAGGUGAGUCAGAGGGCUUGUGACAGACAUGAGUCAUCACAUUAAGAACAUAAAGGGCUUUCUCAUUAAGACAUUUCUGUGCCAAAAAUGGAAAUGUACUCCUGAGAAACUCUUUACUCUAUUUACUCUUACUUCACUAUGACGGGUCUAACUCCUCAUGUACUGGUUUUGUCUUUACAUCAACUAUUUCACUAAUUUAGCAAGUGUGGCCAAAGAGGAACAGACCCUUUGAUUCAUCUUUACAUCUCAGCAGUGGAUUAGGUGUGUGUAGUGUAUGUUUUAAAGUGCCUAACAAUUAAUUUCUGUGGCUGUAUAUUUACAUUUAAACACUUCUCUAUGUUGGUGAAUGAUGCUGAAACACUGUUGUGGUCCUUCAGUUCCUCUCCUGGACCCACUGACACUGCAUGUUGCUGUGAUGUUUUCACUGUACUUCGGAGCCAUAUCACUUAGUCACUAUGUAAGAGCGUUUCUGUAAAAAAAAAAAAAAAAAAAAAAGCUCAUUUAGUGGAUGAAAAGUUGCUGUCUGCUCAUUGUGGCGGUUUGUGUUUUCCUGCCUCAGCGUUGUGGGGUAAACUGGGCCCGAGUCUUUUUUGCUGACCUGUUUGUUGUUUUCCUCUCGCUUGUCAGUAUUGUGGAUUCAUGCAAAUGCAUAUUGUCAUGAUAUCAACCCAAAAGUAACGCAUCAUCCACGGUUCAUGACGUGAUGUAAACAAAGCAUGACCUUCAUGUGGGUUCCAUCCAGGAGGGGCUGAAGAACCUCUGCCACCUCUGCUCUGAAGUGCAUGACCAGGCAACAGUGAAAUCCCUCCAGAAGUCUCUGGUGUCCGUGUGUGAGAACAGAUUUAGAUUUUAAUUGUCUUUUAUUUAAACAUUCAGCAGUCUCCAUUAAUCUGUAUCUGAGGCUUUUUUCACACACAAGACACGACACAUUAUCACAAACACUCUGGAGUGGACUCUUCAAUGUAGACAGAAGACAGAAAAUAAGACAUGCUGAGGAAAUCACAGUUGUGUUCACAGCACAUUGAGGGUGGUGGACAAGGCUGCCGACUUUUCCAGAGGGGUGAUAUUAGUAAUACAUGUAUUGGGUCAAAUCUGCAGUAUAAACUGAACAGCGGAAAGCAAGCGAGACGGCUUCUGACUGAGGGUCCGGCAAGGUCAACUUGAGCUGCCUCGCACAGCAGAAAUAAAGGGAAAUACAGUAUUUACGGCAAAAUCAGACAUUGUACAACUUCAACCUUGAAAAUGAAUAUUUUGUCCAAGCAGUUUUAUUCUUCAAGAGUCUGAACCCUUUUAAAGAAGCUGGAAGUAUUCAUCAGGAAUAGUUUUCCGGACUUCUUGAAGCUCUUGUUCCGUUCUCUGUCCAGAUGAUCCCACACUGCUUCAGUGGUGUUGAGGUCCAGGUUCUGGGGAGGAUCCAUCCAUCAGACCUGUUUCCACUGGUCUUCAGUCCAGUUCUUGUGUCAUGUGACAUACCUCAGCCUUUCUCCCUGUUUCCCUUCCUUAAGAAUGGGUUCUUGACAGCCACGUUUCUAUGGAGACCAUUUCUAGAUGGAUCAGCUGAAGGUACAGAUACACCUCUAAGGUCCUGUCUUCAGCUAAAAAAAAAAUCCUUUUUUUCUGUUUGACAGAUGUGUUAUUUUGGCAUUUUUCAAACAUAAACUAAACUCUUUGCUAAUUUAUCUGUAAUGUGUCGACACAACAGUGGUUCAUCCCCUGAGUUUGGUGCCUUUUAAAGCUUUCUUUUAAAUGAAAUUCCUCAAGAACUGGACUGAAAAAAAGUAAAAAAUGAAAAACUUUAAAGGAGCUUCAGAAAGCUGGAGAACUAUUGCUCCUGUAAGAGAUUACAGGAUAGACUGGCAGCUUGGAUGGAAAACUUACAGAAAUUAGCUCUGGAUCAACACUUUUUCAACAUGAAGGAUAUACCAGACUAAAAAAUGUCAGACUUUGCCAUGAUUUGUGGUCUCAGAGCCUCACGACUCCACGCUCUCGUUUCUUUUGACACUUCUGGUCACAGAUGACUCACAGUCGGUUUUCAACGGGCUGAAAUGAGAUGAGAGUGGAGUGUAAUUGUGCACCACAUGGCAUCUUCCUCUAUAUGUGUGUGUGAUUCUGUUCCCGCCGCCUGCUGGGCAGAGGUCAGCUCUAUCUUCACCCUGCUGUUCCGGAUAAAAUCAGUCAGUGUCACCCUCCUCAGAGCCUGCGUCCAGAAAGCUUUUUCUGUUUUGCGUCUUUGUGUCUUCUCUGUCAGCGUCCAUAUCCGUCUGCCUGCAUGUUGGAAAAUCACAUCCCUUUGUGUCCUGCUGUCCUGCUGAGUAAACGCCGCUCGCUGGGGAGCAGGACAUCCGAGUGGAAACAUCCCAUGAUGAUCUCCCUCGUCACCUCUGAGUCCAUCUGACCACCCAAAAACAAGCACGUAUUUGUGGAUGAUGCAGCUUUGACUGGAACAAGGCAGAUUUAUUUAUUUUUAUUUUAUAAGUGAGGUAGAGAAGUGGCUUUCUGAGAGAACCGGAGGACAUUUUGUUCUCUCAAGUGUGUCGGCGGACAGAUGGAAAAUAUCAGAAAGCUCGUGUGAGGGAUGUGUUCGGCCAGACUUUUCCAGAUUAUUUCAGGUGUAGUUUUGUCAUUUGUAAAUCCUGUGACCCGUGGAGCUUUCUGUUGGUAAACUGCUGGUACACAGCGGUAUGUGACUUCUGAUGUUGCAGUGUCGUGUUCUUUAAUUCUUGGCGGGGAGGGUAAUAGUCUAGGGAUGCUACUGUACGGACGGCAGAAGGUCUUUAUGUUGCUGUUGGAUGGGUUUGGGGAGGGUUACCAUGGCUACAGGUCUGUGCCCCAUGGGAAGUGAAGUUCUCAGUAUAUUUACACGUCUCUUAUGCCUCUGCUAAAGACUGAUGACUGUUCACUUAGAGCUCAAUGAAUUUCUAUAAAUAUUUUAGAUUGCUCAAACUGAUUGUGUGCAAUUGUAAUGAUGGAAAUUCAAUAAAAAAAGAGGUAUUUUUACACAAUAA